AUGCCUCUCACCAACACCAGCGUUAAAAUCACCCACGUUUCAACAGCAACAGCCAUCAUCUCCAUCGACGGCAUAAACUUCCUCACCGACCCUGUCUUCUGCCCUGCUGGCUCUACAUACGAUUACCACGGCUGGGCUAAGGUAUCCAACCUGCACGAAUGGGGUUUCACCGAGACCCCUCCGCCAGAGACCCUGCGCAGCAUCGCCGGCCCAGCUAUCCAGCUUGACCAGUUGCCCCCUAUCGACGCUGUCCUUCUCAGCCAUGAAGACCAUGUCGAUAACCUUGAUCCACUCGGCCGGCAGUUGCUCGACGGGCGACGCGUCUUCACUACCCCUGACGGCGAGAAGAACCUCCGUCCUCGUCCCGGUGUCGUCGGGCUGAAGCCCUGGGAAACGGUAACUGCUACGAUUGCCGGCAAGGAAUUCCGUAUUACCGGAACCCCCUGCAAGCACUUCCCCGGCGGCGAGGUAACGGGCUUCAUCCUCGAAUCCGACUCAUUCGGCAUCGACGAGAAAACCGGCUUGGCCAACGCAGUCUACUUCUCCGGCGACACGGUCUGGAUUGAUGAGCUGGCGGAACUGGGGAAGAGGUGGCACAUUUUUGUUGCAGUGCUGAACUUGGGUAAUGCGCUGUUCCCUUAUCCCAACGGUGUCCUGCAGAUCACGUUUGAUGGGAAGCAGGCGGCGCAUCUGAUGCGGGUUACUGGGGCUGAGGUUAUGGUUCCUAUUCAUUUUGAGUCUUGGGAACAUUUUACGGAGCAUCAGGAUGAGUUGUUGAAUAUUUUUAGGGAGGAGGGCAUUGAGGAGAAGGUUCGUUGGUUGACUCCAGGCGUUGCUACUGUUGUUUGA